AUGGGCACACACCCGUUGCUCGCUAAUUCGCAGUUCGGCGGCGCGCAGAGGAGUGGAGCUGACCUGCCCGCGGGCGCGCCGCCAGUCCAAUAUGCACAGCGGUCAGCACCCCUCGAGGAGCUUCGUGUGAGCUUCCUGUUUGUUGGGGGUGCGGCGUCUUGGCCACUCGUCAUUUCUCCAAGGGGCGUCCCUGAACCCCUGGAUCUGUGUCGGGUUGGUUCUUUGCAUGGGUUCCAGAAUCGGAGGGAAGCGGUGCUCUGGCGCCGCUCGGGGCGCAGUAAGGAGACCAACCUUCUGCAGGCUCCCCCUCACUUGAACUUGAGUUUGAAGUUUCUCUGGACACGAGUCGCGAGGAAGCUUCGCUCCGUUUUCUGCUUGCUAUUGUUCUGUUCGGUUCUGUGCACAACUCCUGCGCAGUUCUGUUCAGACUGGUUCCGCCCGUUGUAA